AUGGCAACGAAAUCCGUGCGCCGCUUCGAGUCGUAUCGCACAGUUCCUGCGAAGGAUCAAGCGUACUACCAGUGCAAUGUUUUUCAGGCCUGCGAAUCCCUUGAUGACUCAAGCUCCCACUCCCUCUCAGUGCAAGAUUGGGGAGGAGAUUCGUUGAAACAGAGGUUGUAUUUCCAAGUUGGUAAAUCCAGCGGAGCGUCGGUUUCCACUGAGAAUUCGGUUUCCACUGGAAAUUCGGCUUCCACUGAGAAUUGGGAAGAUUGUCGUGACGGAUUACGCCUAUACAAUGACUUGGUGGAAGACUACUCCACCAGAGCCCUAUCAUACGACGAGGACUCGCUUAACGCAUUUUCUGGAAUUCUGGAAAAGCUCCGAGAAGGAAAUCUUCCCUCUGGGUUCCUUUGGGGCAUUCCACGUAAUGGUUUCAAAAUCUCUUUACUGUGGAACCACGUCAAUUUGCUCUACCCUGUCCGGAGGAGGAGGGGCUUUCCAUCGUGGUCUUGGGCGGGAUGGGAAGGGAAAGUUUUCUAUGACAAAAACACUUAUGAGGCACCUCAGCCCUAUCUUCAAGUUUUUGAGGUGAAGGAUGGACGUCAAAUCCCCGUACAAGUGUAUCCCACGCAGGAACCCUCCCCCUUCCCCGCAGACUACAUCAAUGUCUUAGGAGAAGAGACUGGCUUCAGAGCCUUGAGGGUGCCGGGCUCAGUGCUCGACUCAGUCGACCUUGCGAGAGCUGAACGCAAAGGAAUCCUUUUUGUUGACGGGAUUUUGCUUAGAGUACGAGUAAAUGGUGGUAAGAAUCCUUUUUCGCGAUCGCUACGGAAGACGAGCAAAGUUGAAGAGCCCAUCAUGAAUUAUUUUGACAUGAGUCGUGUGAUGUUGGAUUCGGGCCUGGAAAAUCAGGGUGUUUACUAUUGCUUGUUGGUCGGCUGGAGUAGAGCUGUGUAUGGCGGUGAUGACGUUAACAAGCUGGAGUUUAUUAUGCUGUCUUGGAGCGGAGAGACUGCUUAUAGGAGGGGCUUAUUGAGAAUACCCUUUCCUGAUGACGCACGAGAACGAGAACGUUAUCAGUUUAGAUUGAAAUCUUUUUUUCUUGGUUAG